AUGAUUGCACUGUUCAAUACUGGAGAGUUUCAGGACGUUGGUGGCAGCAGACCGUCAAAAAAGCCACACAUUCUUCCAUCUUUUAAAACUUUACUUAUAAUUAUUGUCUUUUUCCUCUUGUGUUUUACAGAAACCCGUGAAUCUAAACUAGGCUCCAACACGUCUCUAUUACGAACUGUUAAGUACACUACCGUAGCAGGCCUUAUUAUUCAUACUGCAGCAUGUUUGUGGUACACAUUAGCUUGUGUUGGCCACCACGAAGGCAUUGAUAUUACGUGUCGAAAUGACUCUUGGGCGCUGGCCUUCAAUCUAGGGACUGAUAUAAGAAACAGUAGUGCCGGAGAUUCGUAUGUAAUAGCUCUCUAUUGGUCUGUUGCCACUGCAACGUCAACUGGGUAUGGCGAUAUCAGUGCGGUGAAUAUAUCAGAAAAAUGGGUCUCAAUUGUGGCCAUGUUGAUCGGUGAGGGCGUCUUCUUUGGGAUGAUUCUCGGCGGAAUGGCCUCCAUGUUGACCAACUUUGACGCACAGAGGGCGCGCUACACUCAUCGCUUCAAUGUUAUCAAGCAGAGCUUGAGAGACGAAACGGUUACUGACGAUCUUCAGAGGCAAGUAGUUGGUUACUACGAGUAUCUAUGGUUCCGUAAGAAAGGCGUAACUGACGACAGCUUGAUUAAUGCUAUGCCUCUAACCUUCCAUGCUGAGGUGUCACUCAGUGGCAACAAGUAUAUCCUUGAUAAGGCGCCAAUGUUCAAGGGCAUGAGCGAAGGCUUCAUGCGCAUGCUCUCUUUAGAGAUUAAACCUUCCCUGUAUCUUCCUGGUCAAAUAAUUGCCAUCCGGAACGAGAUCUGCCAUAACAUGUACUUCAUCCAGAGGGGAGAGGUGGAGGUUUUGUCGCCAGAUGAUGACGAAACACCCAUCAUUUCCCUCCGCCAUGGCAAACUCUUCGGAGAGGUCAGUCUGGUUUUCAGUAUGCCGAGAACAAACAGCAUCAGGGCUGCAGCCCACUGUGAUCUCAUGGUACUGGAUAAAGCAGACCUACAGAACGUACUACAUCAUUACCCUGAAGUUGCAAGGAAGCUGCAACGUAUCGCAGAGGAGCGCUGCGACGCUGCAGGUAGACUCGAAGAGAGAGUACGCGCAGGAGAGGGUAUCAUCCCUGCUUCCAAGAGCCUUCGUAGGAUCUCACAUAGUAAGACGAGCACACAGUCGCCAAGGCAUUCCUUGACGAGAGCCAACAUGAUGCAGGGCGACAGAAAUUCCAUGGAAGCCUUCGACAUCGAGGAACUCGUCAGCGUUCAUCACGGCUCGUGCACCGCGCAAAGCCCCAUAAGGAUAGCCACACCGAGGAUCCAUCGACAGAUCGGUCAGUGGUGGGAGGACUUCUGCGAGCUGAUCAGAGAGACUGUGGUCAUGCCCGGGUCUCGUUUUGCCAAGAUGUGGGAACGUGGCGUGCUGCUGAUCAUACUCCUGAUCUCACUCUUGUAUCCGUACUGUGCCAGCUUCAUCGCCAAUGGUAGAAAUGGCGCACCGCCAAGUCCAGAUUUUGAAGGUACAAAUGAUGGUAACACGGGUAACCUGUUGCUCAUGACGCUGAUGUACAUCAUGGAUUUUGUGCUUCUCUUUGACAUCAUCGUUCGCCUGAGGACUGCUGUAUCGACACCCAAUGGCACCUACAAGGACUUCAAGAGCAUCACAGACUACUACGUGAAGACCCCAGGCUUCUUUCUGGAUGUGGCUGCCAUUCUCCCACUGGAUUUGCUCUCUCUACUCGUCAAGGAAGGAAACUUGCGCAACAAUACGCUUUAUUUCCUCUCUCUGAAUAGACUGAUCAAGGCGUGGAGGGUACCCAACUACUUCAAGAACCUGGAGAAAGAUCUUGACGUGAACAUUGCCACCAUCCGGUUCUUCAAGUUCUUCAUCUACAUCGCCUUGCUGUCCCACUGGAGUUCCUGCCUCUGGUACUUGCUGACGUGCGACUCGGGCAAAUGUCAGGCGGACAUGAAGAGACCAAAUGCCGAUUUUGUGUUUAACGUUAAGGGUGCCAGCCCAAAACCACGUUCCACAAACAUAGCUGAUACGACAGCAACAGACGCUUUGGCGACAUCACAGUUUGAGGAGUACGUGACGGCCUUGUACUGGGCAGCAGCGACCAUGACAAGCACAGGCUACGGUGACAUCAGCGCCCAUACAACCAUCGGCCGGGCACUCGCCCUGGCAGCCAUGUUGAUUGGCUUGCUGCUGUACGGAUACUGCCUGUCGUCAAUCGCUGCCACGCUCGCCAACGCCGAUGCUCCAAGAGUAAACUUCCAGGAGAAACUUUUUGCCGUCCAGGAGUUCAUGAAGGACCACAACCUGAAACUCAAUCUUCAACGUCGAGUUGUCAAGUACCUCGGCUUGGUCUUCAGAAGGCACAGGGGAGAAGUGAUACCAGGUGGAGAGCGUCUGAUGCAUGACAUGCCGAUUCAGCUGCAACAAGAGAUAGCUUAUGAAGAUGCUCAAGAAACUCUUGGACAGGUUCCGCUGUUCAAGGAUUGUGAUGCUGCCUUCCUCAGGAUGCUUGCCUUGAAGACCCACGGAUAUCUCUUCACACCGGGCGACAUGAUCGUCUACGAGGGUGACAUGGGACGAGAGAUGUACUUCAUCAGACGGGGUACCUGUGAGAUUCUCUCCAAGGACAUGACGAGAGUGACCAGCACCAUCGGGCCAGGUCAGUACUUCGGCGAGGUGGGUCUCAUCUUCGGAGAUUACCGCACGGCGACCGUCAGGGCCGCGUCGUACUGCGAGCUCCUGAUGCUCAAACGCUCUGACCUUGACGAGGUGUUGCAUCACUUCCCGCUAAUCGCAAAUGGUUUGGAAGCGACGGUUGCCCAUCGUGAGAAGGAUCGUAAAGCCAAGCAGCUGGAGUUGGAAGGGCAAUUCAAGGAAGCUGCUAAGGAUGAGGAACAUCUGAAGGAGUUGCGCAAGGCGUCAAGACGCCAGCGCCAGCUGGAUGACAUCAGAGACACGGAUGAUCUCCAGGCUGAUAACUCAGUGGAGGCAACAUCUCACCAACCAACAGACGCUUCCGUCAUCGUCUUUGACCGGCACUCUGAAGACUACCAAGAGCCGUUUACUGAGUUGAGCUUCAUCGGUAAAGUCUUCUCCAAGCUCCUCAUGAGGCGUGCUUUCCUGCCUAGCGGGACGUGGUUCAAACGUUGGGAAGCCAUCCGGGUUGCCGUGGCGAUCAUCAUGGCCUUCACAGUCACCCUGCAGGCCUCGUUCUCCCACAUGGACGUUGUAUUAUGGGUCAUUAAUUACUUACUCGAUCUCAUCUGUUAUAUUGACAUGUACUUGAAGUUCCAUACUGCAUUCUACAAUGAGAACAAUGUGUUGGUUACCCAUCCACUCUCUACAGCCAAACACUAUUUCAAAACCAAUUUCUUGAUUGACCUUCUAGCCUGCUUUCCCGCUGAACUCAUCGGGUACGCUGUCCUCAGGAGUUUUGCACCCAAUGACAUCCACAUCUACGCUGUACUCAGAUUGAACCGAUGGCUGCAGAUGUACAGAGUGCCACUUGCGUUCAACUAUCUGGAGUCCAGUGUGGAGAACGAGACAGGAAAUAUCAGGAUGCUGAAGUUCUUCUUCUACCUAGGGCUGUUCUUCCAUAGUAUGGCCUGCCUGUGGUACAUGAACGCCUGUCCACCGCUCUUCAACACCGACCCUACCGGUCUAAAGGAGACCAAUUACCACUACUGCAAGAAUAAUUCCUGGACUAGUGUUGGAGAUUUACAGUUCUAUGAGCGGCCGUUAGCGUCCCAGUACAUCGUCAGCUUGUACUGGGCCUCGGCAACCGGUGCAUCAGUCGGCUACGGUGACAUUCACGCUAAGAACGUACCAGAGAUGGUACUAGCGCUCCUGUCCAUGAUCUUUGGCAUUGUGUUUUUCGGUUACGUCAUUGCUAGCGUGGCUGCUAGCUUGGCCAACGCUGAUUCCCAGAGAGCAAGGUACCAGGAGAAGCUGACUGCCAUACAGGACUAUCUCAAGGACCAGCAGAUAAACCGUGCUUUGGAGCAGAGGGUCGUUACCUACUACAACUACAUGUGGCUGAGGACCAAGGGUGUGGACCCAAACUCUCUCUUCGAUGGUCUACCACUAUCCAUGAAAGCUGAAGUGGCUUUGGAUAUAUACGCUGAUAUGAUCAACAAGGUACCGUUGUUCCAGAACACAGAGGUGGGCUUUCAGAAGAUGCUAGCCAUGUGUAUGACGCCAGUCUACUACCUCAGUAAAGAGUACAUCGUCAGGAAGUUUGACUUCGGAAAAGAAAUGUUCUUCAUUCACCGGGGUACUGUAGAUGUUGUAUCUGAGGACGGUAAUACAGUCUUUGAUACCAUGAACGGCGGAAGGUUCUUUGGGGAGAUCAGUCUGGUCUUCAGUUGCUCCAGGACGGCUUCUAUCAGGGCGCAGACUAACUGCGACAUGUUCAUACUAGCCAAGGAGAAUCUGGACGAGGUACUGACCCACUAUCCUUCCAUUAAGGAACAGAUAAACAGGGUCGCUGAAGAGCGCAUCAAUGCGGUACGCAAACGCAGCAACGCCAAAGUGGGAGUGGGCGGCAACAAAUCCAGUAAUAACAAUAACAACCCAAGCAAUAAUCCCAACGAGACGACCAGUACUUCUAGCAAUAAUAACGAGAUGAACAGCGAUACCAACAAUGACGCCACCACCGCCGAGAACACCGCCAAGAACGCCGCCAAGAGCACCCCGGCAGCCGACCAGAGCGAGGCCAAGAACGAGAACCAGAACAAUGACAAGGAUAAUGACAAGAAGACGGCCACGGCCACUGGCAAUGACAAGGAGAAGAAGAAGAAGUCACAGAACGGCAGGGCACCUGGCGCAGCCUCAUCAUCUGAACCUGAGGACGCCUCCCGUCUAGAGCUCGGCAGCGACUCCAGCGAGGUGCAGACUCGCCAGCCACCCUGCUGCACGCACAACAAGAACUACCUAGAGGCUCUGCUAAAGGCGAACCGCUUUGUGCUGAGCCCGGACAGCAAGACGGUGCGCUGGCUCAACGGCCUGGCGUGCGUUCUGGCGUUUCUUACCAGCUUCACGAUCACAUUUCAGGCUGCAUUUCAAGUGCAGAGUUGGUAUGUUCUGACCUUCAGUUACGUCUGCGAGGCCAUCUUCAUCUUUGAGAUCUACAUUAAGUUUCAUGUGAGCUGCGCCGAUGAGUACGGUGAACUGGAGACGGACUUCAACAAAGUUUACACGUUCUACCUCAAGAAGGUGAGCGGCUUCUUCAUGGACCUCGUAGCGGCGUUACCCCUGGACAUCUUUGCCCUGUGCUUCACCAACGACUCUGAGAACUUGACGAGACGCUUCACGGCACUCACGUUCCUGCGGCUGAUCCAUCUGCUGCGACUUAUGCGCGUGUCGCAGUUCUUUGACUCGUGGGAGAAAGAGCUGAACAUUAAUGUACUCUAUGUUCGUCUGACGAAAUUCUUCGGGCAACUCCUGAUUGUCAUCCACUUUUUCGCUUGCGUCUGGUACUUCAUCGCCUGCCCGUUUGGUAAAUGUUUGCCCAAUGCUUGGACCGAUGCAGAGACUUAUUCUGAGGACCGCUCUGAUUGGGCACUCCGAUAUGGCGACAGUUUCUAUUGGUGCGUCGCUACGUUGACGUCAACUGGCUACGGAGACUUCCACGCUCACAGCCUCGUUGAAAUGAUCGCUGCAAGUCUUGUCAUGGUGAUUGGACAGUUACUCUUUGGUUCUAUUUUGGGUAACAUCGCCUCCACGCUGGCCAACGAAGAAUCCGGAAGAGUCACCUUCGAGCAGAGACUGUCUGCUGUUAAGGUUCAAAUGAAAGACAUGAAGCUGAACGGGAAGCUGAGGAAUCGCGUAGUUGCUUACUUCGACUAUUUGUGGAUGCGAAACAAGGGUAUUGACCAGCAUGGAUUGUUUAAGGAUGCACCUUUCUGUCUCCAGACUGAGAUUGGGCUAGCUGUAAAUGAGAACAACCUCAAGAAGGUUCCACUCUUUGAAGACGCUGAGGCAAGUUUCUUCCGUUCGUUGUCCUUGAUGCUACGCCCCGUUCUCUUCAUGCCCAAUGAUUACAUUGUCCGCCAAGGAGACGUGGGUGAUGAAAUGUACUUCAUUCACCGUGGAAAGGUGGAGUUGAUGGACGAGAACCACCAGUCACAAGUCGACGGUUUCCUGGGAGCCGGUGAGUUCUUCGAUGACAUCAACCUGUUGUACGACGUGCCCAGGCGUACAUCGGUCCGCGCCCGCACCCACGUUGAUCUCCACGCGCUCUCAGUGCGCGACCUGAAGGGAGUGCUGGAGCAGUUCCCGGACGUGGAGACGAACAUCCGGCGCAUCGGUCACGCGCUGUACGGCCAGUACGCGGCCAGCGUUAACGCUCAGGACCACUUCCCACCUAAGCAGACCGUAGUUUAA